GUUAGGGAUAACGAAGCAAACAUGGUUGAAAAAAUUGCAAACGAUGUGUCGAAUAAACUUAUAACGCCUUCAAACAGUUUUGCUGAUUAUGUUGGGAUUGAAGGUCAUAUAGAGGCAAUGAAUUCAAUCUUGUGCAUGGAAUCUGGGGGAGUGAGAAUGGUGGGGAUUGUGGGGCCUUCAGGGAUUGGUAAGACCGUUAUAGCAAGAGCUCUUUUCAACAAACUCUCUAGCCAAUUCCACCAUCGAGUUUUCCUAAAUGACUAUAGGCGAACCAACGGGGAUGAGUACGACACCAAGUUGUGUUGGGAACAACGUUUUCUGUCAGAAAUUCUUUGUCAAAAGGAUUUAAAUAUAAAUUGUUUUGGUAUGAUAGAACAAAGGCUAAAGAACCGGAAAGUUCUUAUCGUUCUUAAUUAUGUGGAUAAUGUAGAACUACUAACGACUUUGGUGGGACAAACUGCAUGGUUUGGAUCUGGAAGCAGAAUAAUUGUGAUCACUCAAGACAAACAACUUCUUAGGGCUCACAAGAUUGAAUAUGUUUAUGAGGUGGAUUUCCCAUCUGAAGAUCUGGCUCUUCAGAUGCUAUGUCGACGUGCAUUUGGGCAGAACUCUCCACUUGAUGGUUUCACGGAGCUUGCAGUUGAAGUUGCAAACCUUGCGGGUAAACUUCCUUUGGGUCUCAGUGUAUUGGGUUCAUCUUUGAAAGGAAAGGACAAAAAAGAGUGGAUAGAUAUGCUGCCUAGGUUCCGAAAGGGUUUGGACGGGAAUAUUGUAAAAACAUUAAGAGUAAGCUACGAUGGGUUACAUGAUGAAGAUCAAAAUGUAUUUCUUUACAUUGCUUGUCUAUUCAAUCGCCAGGAAGUUGGUUACAUCACAAGUUUGCUCGGUGUUUCUGUUAACAUUGGGCUAAAAAUGCUGGCUAAUAAGUCUUUGAUACGUAUAACACCGCACAACAUUGUAGAGAUGCACAAUUUGCUAAAGAUCCUGGGUAGAGACGUUGUUCGUGGAGAGUCCAAAAAUCCCGGAAAACGUCGUUUCUUGGUGGAUGCUGAAGAUAUCCGUGAAGUAUUAAAAAGGAAUACCGGCACAAAAAAUGUUCUAGCCAUAGAUUUUAUCCCAUCAAAAAUAGUAAAGCCAUUUACUAUAGACGAAAAUUCGUUCGAAAGGAUGCACAAUCUCCGAUUUCUAAAAUUUUACCCGGGGUGGUCAAUGGAGACUGGUGAAGUCCUAUCUUAUUUACCUCAAGGCCUUGUUUCUUUGCCACGUAAACUUAGAUUGCUAAAUUGGAGUAAUUAUCCUUUGAAGUAUAUUCCCCCUAAUUUUUGUGGGAAGUAUCUGGUUGUACUCGAGAUGACGAGUAGUAAGCUGGAGAAAUUAUGGGAAGGGAUUCAGCCACUUGGAAGCCUCAAGAAGAUGAAUCUGGCUUUCUCCACAGAUUUAAAAGAGAUUCCCGAUCUUUCUAAUGCAAUAAACCUCGAGCAGUUGAUUCUUUGGAGAUGCUUAUCUUUGGAGUCACUUCCUUCCUCGAUCCAAAAUCUCAAUAAAUUGAUGGAGUUAGAUAUGAGGGGAUGCUCAAAGCUCGAGGUUCUUCCAACUGGUUUCAACUUGCAAUCUCUUUACUACCUUAAUCUCAAUGGAUGCUCACGGUUGAGAAGUUUUCCUCAGAUUUCAAUGAACAUUGAAACACUCUUUUUAAAUGAUACCGAGAUAGAAGAAGAUUGCUUUUGGAUUGAGAAUAUCUAUGGGCUCGCUAAAUUAUAUUGGAACGGUUGUCUGAUGAGAUGUAUGCCUUCUAACUUCCCCACAGAAUAUCUCGUUGAACUGAAAGUGGAAAACAGCGAGCUUGAGAAGCUAUGGGAAGGAGACAAGGGGCUUGGAAGUCUUAGGCGGUUGGAUUUGUCUGGAUCUGAAAACUUGAAAGAGAUUCCAGAUCUUUCGCACGCCCCCAAUCUCCAGUAUUUGGUUCUCAUAGGCUGCAACAGUUUGGUUAUGCUUCCAUCUUCAAUUCGGAAUCUCCAUGAAAUGAUGGAUUUGAACAUGAGUGGAUGCUCAAGGCUCGAAGUUCUUCCAACAGACGUCAACUUAGAAUCCCUCGAGUUCCUCACACUCAGUGAGUGUUCACGGUUGAGAUUUUUUCCUAAAAUCUCAACAAGGAUUCAAUAUCUCGAUCUAAGCCACACUGCGAUUCAAGAAGUUCCUUGUUGGAUUAAGGAUAUCUCUGAGCUCGCUGUACUAUCAAUGAGUGGUUGCAAGAGGUUAGAAACCAUCUCCCCAAACAUUUUGAAACUGAACAGUCUUCACAUGGUAGAUUUUUCAGACUGCGAAGGAUUGUUACCAAUGGCCGAGAAGGCAACGUUUCCUCGUACUGAAUUGCAUACAAAGUGUUGUGAAUCUCUCCAGGGUACACCUCACUCCUCCCACAAUCCAAUGACUUGCCUUGAAGACCAGAAUUGCUUCAAUUUGGAUAUAGAUGCAAGGCGAUCCAUCCUACAACUAAACAACGAAUAUUCUCUCUUACCAGGUGGAGAAGUACCUACAUAUUUCACGCAUCGAGCUUCCGGAAGUUCCCUAGUUUUCCCUUUACACAAGAGCUCUCUCUCUAAAGAGUUUCUGGGAUUUAAGGCUUGCAUCUUGCUCGAAUCCUUAACUAGCUGUUGCCACUAUACUCCAGACAUCGAGGUACGCUGGUACUUCAGAGCCACAACCGGUAUGUUUUAUGUAGACGCUUACAUGGACUCAUGUAAGAUGGAUAAGCUGGCUUUGUUCCAAAUUUGGCUCCCUACUAAAAAUAUCAAUGAUCCUCCAGCAGAGUUGGACUAUAACUAUUUGGAAUUUCAUUUUUACUACCGUAGCAACAGAUAUUUCCAUGAAUGCGGCAUGGAUAACUGUCCUUGUUCGACUCAGAGGAUAAAAGGAUGCGGUGUACGGAUCUGGGAUGUUCCUCCUUACCCGGAUGUUAAUGAUAGAAGCUCUGAACAGUCUCCAUGCGAUGUAGAGUGGAAGGACAUGAACAUUGGAUAAACUAUAUUCACCAGAACAAAUCCACUUGAUUUAUUGUGCAGAUGACAGAUACCUUCAAACUUCUUACCAUGUGACCAAACUGUGGUGAACACAGGAUUGACGCUUUGACUUGGAAGUUUAAGGUACUAGUAAUGUAUCGUUGUCUUCUGCCUCUUCGAGCAACUUCUUAUGGAGAUGAAACACAUCUUUGUAUC